GUAACGCCCUAGCAUCCCCCAGUGCGCAUGACUGUAAAUUUGUCUUCUUGAGUUCAUGUAUGUGUGUCUGCGUGUGUGUUCGUUCGCACACAAGUUUACUGCAAUUCCGAAUUCUGACUUCCCGCAACAGAAUGGCAGCUGCAGCCCCGAACAUUGAAGAUUCAUCUCGAAGCAGUACCGGAACCAGCACAGCAAGCGUCCUUGCUGGAGACGGGGACGCGGAAGAGGCCGAGGAUUUUACAUCUUCCUCCCACUGCUCAGAGCUGUCUCGCAGGCAGAACGAACAGAGAAAGCAGGGGUUGUUCUGCGACGUUACACUGGCCUUUAGCAGUGCCGCGGCAACUGGUAAUGUUCAAAGCUGUCAGUUUUCCGCACACCGUUCCGUGCUGGCCGCGGCAACGGACUAUUUUACUCCGCUUCUGGGAGGGCAGUUCUCAGAGUCGCUGUCCGGGCGGGUUGAAAUGAAAGAAUGGAGUUCGGAAUUGGGACCAGACGCAGAAACGGUGGAAAGUGUCAUCCAGUACAUGUACACUGGAGAGAUACGGGUUAGCACCUGCAAUGUGCAUGAAGUAUUGGAGCUCGCUGACAGGUUCCUUUUACUGCAACUGAAGGAGUUCUGUGGCGAAUUUCUGAAGAAGAAGCUGAGCCUGGCUAACUGUGUAGCGGUACACAGCCUGGCCCACAUGUACACUCUGGACCAGCUAGCCCUGCGGGCUGCAGACAUGAUCCGUCGCAACUUUCACAAGGUCAUCCAGGAUGAAGAGUUCUACACCCUGCCGUUCCACCUUGUGCGUGAUUGGCUGUCGGAUGCAGAGAUCACGGUGGACUCCGAGGAAGUGCUGUUUGAGGCUGUGGUGAAGUGGGUGCAGAGGAACACGGAGGAGCGAGGACGAUACUUUGAGGAUCUGUUCCGUCUCCUGAGGCUGCCUCAGAUCAAGCCUACCUACCUGGCCAGGGUGGUGAAGAACGAGGCCCUGGUGUCAGCCAACGAGGCCUGCCUCCGUCUGGUGUCCGAGGCCGUGGAGGGCCACGCCAUUCGCUUCGAGAACCUCAAGUCAGCCGACCUGGAGUUCUGGUCCUCCUACGUGCCUACUUUCCAGCCACGCUUCGGCCAGAACAUGGACGUGAUCAUGGUUGUAGGGGGGGUGUCAGAGGGGGGAGACUACCUGAGCGAGUGCGUGGGCUACUUCAUCUACGAGGACCGCUGGGUCAACCUGCCGCACAUUCACAACCACCUGGACGGCCACGCCAUCGCGGCCACCGAGUCUCACGUCUACGUUGCGGGCUCCAUGGAGCCGGGCUUCGCCAAGACGGUGGAGCGCUACAACCCCAACCGCAACACCUGGGAGCAGGUGAGCAACCUGACCACCCGCAAGCACUCGUUCGGCCUCACGUGCAUCAAGGACACCCUGUACAGCAUCGGGGGCCACGGCAAUUUCAGCCCGGGGUUCAAAGACGUGAGCGUGUACGAGCCCGAGCAGGACAAGUGGCUCAACCUGGAGUCGGCGCCCAAGAUCUUACGGGACGUGAAGGCGGUGAGCGUGGAGGACCGCUACGUCUACGUGACGGCUCGCACACCGGUCGACACGGACAGCGACGACGGGCUGAAGACGGUGACGACGCGCUACGACACGGAGAGCCGCCAGUGGCAGGACGUCGACUCCCUGCCCCUCGUCGACAACUACUGCGUCUUCCAGAUGGCCGUGGCCGCCACCAACUUCUACCACACGGCCUCCUGCUGCCCCAAGAGCUACGCGGUGCGCGACGACGCCGCCCAGCUGAAGAUCAGCGCCCGCAUUCCCGACGAGAUCCUGGAGAGCUUGCCGCCGGAGGUGACCAGCAUCGAGGGCGCCGCCAUCUGCCACUUUGACGACAACGUUUUUGUCAUCGGCGGCUGGAAGAACAGCGACGACAUGGACAAGCAGUACCGCAAGGAGGCCUACCGGUACUGUGCAGAGAGGAAGCGCUGGAUGCUGCUGCCGCCCAUGCCUCAGCCCCGCUGCAGGGCCACCGCCUGCCACGUCCGCAUCCCCUACCGCUUCCUGUACGGCUGCCAGCGCUACCCCAUGCCCCAGAACCUGGCGAGGCAGAGGGACCGCAUGCAGCAGAUGCAGCAGCUGCACCGACGCACCCUCACCCUUCGCAGGCAGCUGCAGUCCCAGAUAGAGUGCUGAGCCCGCCGCCCUUAUUUCUGCCCCCCCCCCGGACCUGCAGCCCACCUCCCUGCCCCACGACCUCCAGCCCACCUCCUGCCCCCCGACCUG